UAGACUACAUGUCUUUGUUUGCUCUUCUCGGUGUUUCCUGCAACUCGAACCAUACCUCGAAUGCAUGGAUCUGGGUUCACACAUCAAAGUUCGCUCUGGCGCGCGGUGAUCUAGUAUCAUUCACAUUUCUGUCUUGCCGCGAACUUCAAUAUGCUUUUCACAUCAUUUACUAUUCUCGGGCUAUGCUGGCUGGUGGGAGCUAGACUGGCCUCCGCAGUGCCACAAGUCUUUUACUCCGGAGACUAUACCAGAGACCAACAUAUACUGCUUUCUUCUGACAAAGCGCGCUCUCCUGCUUACUUCAAGCACUCACUCUGGAAUGACCACCGACAGUCCCAACAGGCGCCUGGUUUUGUUGCGUUUGGUGACUCGUAUAGUGCCGGCAUCGGCACCGGCGUUGAUGGCGUCGAGGACGAAUGCAGGCUAGGAUCUCACGCAUAUCCCGUCUUAAUCUUCACCGACCUGGCCGAAAGCCAAGCCCCAGGAACAGCAACAUUUCAGUUUUUGUCUUGCACCGGGUCUACCACUAGUAAUGUUCUAUCGGGUGGCGAUCACAGCCAGGUCGACAGCUUCAACAAGUCGGUCAACGCUGACUUCGCGGUACUCUCUAUCGGGGGCAACGACCUGGGCUUUUUCUCUGUGAUGAAUGCUUGCAUUUUCCGCUUUUACAGCUUCAACUCUGGCAGUUGCGAGACAGCUCUGCAGUAUGUCACCGAUCAGAUCGAGAGUUCGGACUUCUCGCAGCGGCUGGAGAUGGUCAUUAUGGAAAUACUGGACACAGUGCAGUGGGAGAAGCGGCCGUGGUUCAUCAUCACCGUGACUGGCUAUGCUCGAUUCUUCAGCGUGGAGACCGAUGAGUGCGACAAUUGUACUCUCGGUGUCUGGUGGCAGGGGCCAAAACUCAAGAAGGACGUACGCCAGAGGAUGAACGACAUGGUCGUGGCAGUCAACGAGAAACUGAGGAGUUCCAUCGAAGCCGUCAACUCAAGGUUUACGACCCCAAAGGUUCUGUUCGUCGAUUACGACGCCGAGUUUGAAGGGCAUCGUUUCUGUGAACCGGGCGUCAUGGAACCAGCGUACAACAGGACCGAGACUUGGUUCUUCCUCGUCGGAGGUAAAGACAACAACCCGAACAUGACGGAUCCGACGCCGGCCCCGAAUCGCACGACAGUGAGUACUGAGGGCGGUGCGAGCAGCAAUACCUUGUCUCCGCUGUCACCGCUCGCGGACCCGGAGACAUGCCUGGGCCCGGCCGAGAGAUCGGGAGACUGGGGUUUGCUGGCUCUGUGUUACAUGGCGAGAGCUAAACGCGACUAUCCGUCGCUGCAAUUUGCCGCGGAGGAUGUCAUGAUUCGGAAUUCCAUGUGGUAUGUCCCGACAUCUUAUGGGAAAACCUUCCAUCCAAGGAGCCUCGGCCACGAGGUGAUUAGAGAUGAAAUCUAUAGGAUCUGGUCACGACUGGAUAUGGCAAGGUAGGACUUGCACGCAGUAGUUUGGGGACUGUCACCUGUACAGAACAUACCCGGAAAGAGCAUAUGAAUGGGGGGCAAAGCCUAUUAUUGUCCAUCAGAUGUCAGGUAACACCACUCACUCACUCACUGUGCUUCGUACAAGAUACCAAAAGGCCGCUCUGCC